AUGGAGGCCGAACGGACUGUCCUAGUCGUUGGAGCAACAGGCAAGCAGGGCAGGAGUACCGUCAAGUUCCUACUCGAACCGGAUCAGCCAGCAUCGCCGGCUAUCAAGUUCAAGGCCCUGGCUCUCACGCGGGACACAUCAUCAGAAUGUGCCCGCCAACUGCUCGAACGGAACAAGCAGCACGUGAAUAUUUUUAGUCUGGUGCAGGGAGACCUCGACAAACCAGACAGCAUCAGGAAGGCCUUUCAAGAUGCUGCAUCGUCACACGGCCGUGGAAUUUGGGGAGUCUUCGUCGCACUGGCUUAUCCCAGACUCGGCGAGAGCGCAGAGGGGGGGAGCAAGCAAGCCAAAGUCGGGCCCAGCGAGGAAGACCAUCUUGAUAAUUCUCACCGCGCCAAGCCACGGAUUGAGAACUGUUGUGGGGAACUGGGUUACCAAGGACUGAAUUGGAUCAUCAUCCGACCCGGCUUCUUCAUGGAGAACUUCGACGGCUUCCUAGGCGCCAUCACAGUCAGCGGUAUGCGGGCAGGGCUGGACAAAGAUACCACUAUCAACCUAGUUCUUCUGCAAUCUCUCAAGGCCUCAGAAGAUAUUGGCAGAGUCGCAGCCGGUGUGCUGAUGAAACACGACAAACAUCUGCACAAGACACUAGCAAUUACAUCUGAAGCAGCUACCAUGGAACAUAUCUCGGAAUCAUACAAAAGAGCGACGGGACGGCCAAUUCCCGCUGUUCCGAUUUUGGUGGGGAAAUCGCUGGUCAAGAUCAAUGCCGCCCUUCAAGAUGUGUAUGUUCCAUGA